UGAAAAUGAAUUUUUAUUAACCAUUCUCGAAUAUUUGUGAGACUGAUAAUGAAAAAAAUUUUCGGGUGAAACCUUACUGAUAAUAGUGACAGUUAAGAAAGAAAGGAGUUUUAAUGCAAGGAUUAUCCAGUCAACACCCUCUUACUAUCCAAUGAGUAAUAAACUUCAUCACUAAAACGAUGUCAUGAUUUCAACAACGACGUCACUUUCCACGACGUCUGUUUUAAAUGCAACUCCUUUAUCUAUAACUGAUUUAAAUGCUACUACCUCCAACUAUCUUUACUCCCCUUCGGCUUUAGAUGUCUUCAAUAUAAGCAACAAUGUUACCAAUUUCACAGAGGGUAUAUAUCCAGUCUUCCCUAGUUAUAUUAGAACUACUUCUAUGGUGUUUUGUAUUAUCAUAAUGUGUCUUGGUGUUAUUGGGAACGUCAUGGUGCCCAUAGUGAUAUUUAAAACGAAAGAUAUGAGGAAUAGUACUAAUAUUUUUUUAGUGAAUUUGAGUGUGGCGGAUUUGAUGGUGUUGUUGGUUUGUACUCCAACGGUACUAGUAGAAGUAAAUUCUAUACCUGAGACGUGGGUACUUGGAAGGGAGAUGUGUAAAGCAGUUCCCUUUGUAGAACUGACUGUAGCCCAUGCGUCGGUGUUGACUAUUCUAGCCAUUAGCUUCGAACGUUACUACGCCAUUUGCAAACCGUUGAAAGCGGGUUACAUAUGUACCAAGGCCCGUGCAUCACUUAUUUGUUUACUAGCUUGGUUUGUAGCAGCUGUUUUUACCAGUCCAAUUUUGGCAAUAACCCAGUACAGCACAGAAAAGUACAUCGAUGGUUCCUUAGUAUUUGUCUGCUUCAGUUUAGUUGAAGAUCUAUUUCCUUGUAUAUUUUUCAUAGGAUCGGUUGUAGUAUUUUUCAUUUUCCCAUUGGGUAUACUAAUUUGCGUUUACGCUCUUAUAGCUAGUUCCUUAAUGGCUCAACCUCUAGUUAUGAUAGCAUCGAGAAAUAAUACUGUACCAGCACAGAACGUAAUAAAAUAUAGAAAACAAGUCAUUUUAAUGCUGGGUACAGUGGUUCUAGCUUUUUUCAUUUGCCUAUUACCUUUCCGUGCGCUUACACUUUGGAUUAUCAUAGCUCCUGCAGGAUCUAUCAUUGAACUAGGAUUCGAAAGAUACUACAACAUCCUUUAUUUCUCUCGAAUUAUGUUUCACAUUAACUCAGCCGUUAAUCCGAUUCUCUAUAACAUAAUGAGUUCUAAAUUCCGUGGUGGAUUCUUCAAAUUAUGUGGCGCUAAAAAGUUCAGGCAGAGGUAUCUGAAGAAGCCGGAAAUCACCAGAAAAAGUACCAGUUCUUCCACUCAUACUUCUUCUCAGCAGACUUCGGAGAGUUUCCUGAAAAACAGUCGCAACUAUUCUAGACAGUCAAGUAGUCUUAAAGAAGUUAAAGAAGAGGAAGACACAUCGAACAAGAAAAAUUUAGUUAAAAAUGUUUAUGUAAGGGCUCCGAUUGAAAUCGUUGCUGGUAUUAAUGGUGAGAAACUUCCGAGUGGGGAAAUAUAUGUUUGAUAAAACGAAUGUAUUUUUUAGUUUAUAUUCUGAUUAAAAAGGCGAAGUUGUAAGAAAAUAAUAUGAGGAAUUUUCAUGAAUAAUAUUAAGUUAAUUUUAACUGAAACUAUAUGAAAAGAGAAAUAUUUAAAAAACUGAUCGUAAAAAGUGUAUGUUUUGGACUGUUUAAGUCAAAGUUUAAAAUCUUGAUAAAUGGAAUUUCGAAAUUCAAUCCACGAUGGAUACUCAAACUUGUGGACUCAAAUAAAACUGAAUUGCAGAUGAUUCGUAUUAAUAUGGAUGCCAUUCUUUUUUUUAAACUUUCGUGGCAAUAUAGAUGAAAAUAAGCCAUAUUGAACUAUCCAGCAGAGAUUUCAGAAAAAAAAUGCAAUAGUAGAGGUAGCUCUUAAUAUGGUUGAUAAUUAUAAAUAUGCUUGGGAAUUGGCAUAUCGUCAGCUUAAGUAGCAAACCUCGUAACUCCAUAAUACUAAAUUUUACAGUAGACACAAAAGAAUUAGUGAAGACUUGACCUAUUUUUUCAAA